CUGCGGGCCGGGAAAAUGGCGCCUCCCAGUCCUCGGGAGCGUAAGGCCCCAUCAUCGGCCAGCACAACCAAGUCUGACGGGGAGAUGGUAUUGCCGGGCUUCCCGGACGCAGACAGCUUCGUAAAGGGUAUUUUACUGGACGAAGCAGCAGGUGUAAAUAAGAAUCAACAGCCUGUCCUCCCUGCUGGGUUGCAGGUCCCCAAAACAGUGGUGUCCAGCUGGAACCGUAAGGCAGGAGAAUAUGGCAAAAAAACAAAAUCUGAAACUUUCCGGCUGCUUCAUGCAAAAAACAUCGUCCGACCUCAGCUCAAGUUUCGAGAGAAGAUCGACAAUUCCAACACACCAUUUCUUCCUAAAAUCUUCAUCAAGCCCAAUGCUCAGAAACCCCUCCCUCAGGCUCUCUCCAAAGAAAGGCGGGAACGCCCGCAGGAUCGUCCUGAGGACUUGGAUGUCCCCCCUGCACUGGCAGAUUUCAUCCAUCAGCAGAGAACCCAGAAGGUGGAGCAGGACAUGUUUGCACAUCCUUACCAGUAUGAAUUAGAUCACUUUACUCCACCAGAUUCAGUACUUCAAAAGCCACAACCCCAGCUGUACAGGCCUAUAGAAGAAACACCCUGCCAUUUUGUAUCUUCCCUGGAUGAACUUGUAGAGCUCAAUGAAAAGCUCUUGAAUUGUCAAGAGUUUGCGGUAGACUUGGAGCACCACUCCUACAGGAGCUUCCUGGGACUGACUUGCCUGAUGCAGAUCUCUACUCGGACAGAAGACUUCGUCAUUGACACUCUCGAGCUUCGAAGUGACUUGUACAUUCUCAAUGAGAGCUUCACAGACCCAGCCAUUGUUAAGGUCUUCCACGGUGCUGACUCAGACAUAGAGUGGCUACAGAAAGACUUCGGGCUGUAUGUUGUGAACAUGUUUGAUACCCAUCAGGCAGCCCGCCUUCUUAACCUGGGCAGGCACUCACUCGACCAUCUGCUGAAACUUUACUGCAAUGUGGAGUCCAACAAGCAGUAUCAGCUGGCUGAUUGGAGAAUACGCCCUCUGCCUGAGGAAAUGCUCAGCUACGCCCGGGAUGACACCCAUUACCUGCUCUACAUCUAUGACAAGAUGAGGCUGGAGCUGUGGGAGCGCGGUGGAGGCCGGCCCGUUCAGUCGCAGGUGGUGUGGCAGCGGAGCAGGGACAUCUGCCUCAAGAAAUUUAUCAAACCUAUCUUUACGGAUGAGUCCUACCUUGAACUAUAUAGAAAGCAAAAGAAGCAUCUCAACACACAGCAGUUGACAGCAUUUCAGCUACUUUUUGCCUGGAGAGAUAAAACAGCUCGCAGGGAAGAUGAAAGCUACGGAUAUGUACUACCAAACCAUAUGAUGCUGAAGAUAGCCGAAGAACUGCCUAAGGAACCUCAGGGCAUCAUAGCUUGUUGCAACCCAGUCCCACCUCUUGUACGGCAGCAGAUCAAUGAAAUGCAUCUUUUAGUCCAGCAGGCUCGAGAAAUGCCCCUGCUCAAGUCUGAAAUUGGCACUGGAGUGAAGAAGAGUGGACCACUGCCCAGCACCGAGAGAUUGGAGAAUGUUCUCUUUGGACCUCAUGACUGCUCCCAUGCCCCACCAGAUGGCAACUCAGCUGUCCCAACCAAUGGAUCUGUGCCAUUUCAGAAACAGGCGAGCCUCUUCCCUGACCAAAAAGAAGAGACGUCACUGGACACCAGGUGCCUUGUUGCUGCAGCUGUGAUCACAUUAUUUAAUGAACCUAGUGCUGAAGAAAAUGGAAAGGGUCCAUUAACAGUUGCACAGAAGAAAGCCCAGAGCAUAAUGGAGUCCUUUGAAAACCCCUUUAGGAUGUUCCUGCCUUCACGAGGACACUGUGCUCACAUCUCUGAGGCAGCAAAGUUCGAUCCAUCAACGAAAAUCUAUGAAAUCAGCAACCGUUGGAAACUGGCAAGCCAGGUACAGGUACAAAAAGAAUCUAAAGAGACUGUCAAGAAGAAGGCAGCCAGACAAACAGCUACUCAGGAACAGGUGAAGGAAAAGCAGGAAGCCGCAGAGGAGCCAGCUCUCUCCGUCCGACAACAGGUCGCACUGGAAAGUGCUGCUAAGAAGAGAGAGCGGACGAUGAGCGACCCCAGGACCACAGAACAGAAGCAGGAGAAGAAGCGACUCAAAGUUUCCAAGAAGCCUAAGGACUCAGAUCUGCCCGAGAAAGAUUUUACCCCUUAUGACUACAGCCAGUCAGACUUCAAGGCCUUUGCUGGAAACAGCAAAUCCAAACCUUCUUCCCAGUUUGAUCCAAAUAAGCAGACCCCAUCUGGCAAGAAGUGCAUUGCAGCCAAGAAACUUAGACAGUCAGUGGGAAACAAAAGCAUGUCCUUUGCAACUGGGAAGUCAGACAGAGGCUUCAGGUACAAUUGGCCAAAGAGAUAGUGUUGGAAGAAACCUCUGGGACCCCUCAGUGGACUGGAGGCACCAAAUGGAGGUGCUGGUUUUGUACAGACCUAUUUUUAAACCAUUAAAAAUAAUUCUUACUG